AUGGAGCAGAGGAUAAAUGUGGCGAUUCGCAUUCGUCCUCCCUUACAGAAGGAGCGCUUUGAUCCCCUCUGCGCUCACAAGGCUGACGACGGGCGGACUGUCAUUAUCAAGGACGAGGAAAGUAUGGGUGCGCCGUCAACAUUUCAAUUUGAUGACGUUUUUGACGGCGGUGAUGAUCAGUGUCAAUUGUACACGCAGUCGGUGCAGGAGCUUGUGGAUGACGCGUUGCAGGGCGCCAACGUGACUGUUCUCACAUACGGUCAAACAGGCAGUGGCAAAACGUACACCAUUCUUGGUUCCUUGUCUAGUGGCGAUCUGACGGAGGAGUCCGGUAUCUUUCCUCGUGUUUUUCACGAUAUAUUUGCUUAUAGGGAGGCUGUGAAGAGGGAACGACACCUUCUCGUUUUCAUUUCCGCGGUCGAGAUCUAUGUAGAUGACGUCAUGGAUCUUCUUUCCAAGCGAAAGAAGGUAAAACUUCGCGAGACACCCGAAGGGACAUUGACCCCGGGUGUCAACAUUAUUGAGUUACGGACAGUGGAAGACGUGAUGCAGACAUUUAAUAUGGCCAACUCAUACCGUUCUGUUACAUCCACAAAAAUAAAUGACUGCAGCUCACGCUCGCACGCCCUGUUCUUUAUUGAUAUUUUUCAGAUGCCCCUCAACGCAUCCCCAGAGCCUCCAGCACGAGAACAACUGUUAGACGCGAGUGGAAUCCCUAUUAGUGGCGACAUCAAGGGACUUGUGCGAUCUCGCAUUGUGCUGGUGGAUUUGGCAGGUAGCGAGCGGGUGAAGCGCACAGGUGUGGAGGGGCAGGCCAUGGUGGAGGCACAGGCUAUCAACAAGUCACUCGCAGCUCUCGGAACGACCAUUAAUGCCAUGUACAUGGAGAGUAACCACAUCCCGUUCCGGGAGUCAAAGCUGACGAGACUCCUCAAGCCAUUAUUUGUCGAUAGGAAUUCGCGUCUUCUUCUUAUUGGCCAAAUUUCUCCACCCAGCGUGAGCGCGCAGGAGUCAAGGGGGACGUUGCGUUUUUGUGACCGCGUGAAGGGUUUGAAGGCGGGCAGUCCGACUUUUUUUCUUAGUCAGGAGGACGAGGAGAGUUAUAUUCGAUCGCUUCGGCAGCAGGAGGAACUCACUGCAGAGUUGCGAAUUGCAGGUGCGGAGUGUUAUUACCAACCAAUGCGCCCUCUUUUCAUGGCCUAUGUGAAGAACAUUGGUGUGGAUGAGGCUCGAAGAGCAUCCAUCGACUUGCUGCAGAGAGACGCAUCCAGCAUCGUAGCGCGUAAGGAGGAAGAAUGCAUGCGAGCCAUGGAAGCGGAGAUACGGGCGAAGCAGAUGGAGAGGGUACAUGCGUUUGCGGACAAGAUGAACCAGAUGAUUGAUGAGUACGAAGCCGUGUCGCACGCCAUAAAGAAGGAGAAAAAAGAUGCCAAGCGAAACAAGGAGGAACAGGCGGAGGAGCAGGAGAAAAAACUUAUAGGGGCCAAGAAGGCCAAGAAGACGCGUUUAAAAAUGCAAGCGAAAGUAGAGAAAUUAAAUAUUGCUUUGAAAGAGACGGAGAGGCACGCGGAAGAAAUGGAGGCGGCAUUUACUUCUCCUUUAGUGGAAGACACCAAUGAAAGUACGGAGGAGUUGACAACGGGGGAAACGCUCAAAGACGACUCCGUCCAGUUAUUGGUGGAGAACUUCCACUCCCAUGCGACAGAGUUGAACCGCCUUCAAGAUUUAUAUGCCCAGUGGUUGGGUGCUACGCAACGACAACGCUCCCAAGUGCGCCGAGCGAAGCUUUUCAGUUCCUCCAUCAUCAUGGAUGGCACGUUGGUUUACGACAUUAUUGACUUUAUCAUUGAUCGCUCCGUCGACAUUGCAGACGGAGUAAGCCACGCGGAAAAGAAGUUCUCAUGGAACGAUAUUGAUGGUUUCAGUAGUCUCCUGCGUAGCGGGGAACGUCUAUACCCGCCCUUGGUGACAACACCGUCAAGUAAAGCUGAGGUGUGCGAGCCGAGUGCGUACCACAACGUCACGUUUCUCUCCUCCGAUGAAAGUGACGAGGAAAACUCUCACCACCGUGAGGAGAAUCGUAUGCUUCGUGGUGAUUCGAGGUCCUUUUCGAGUAGUGAGGGACCCAAUACGCCAAUAAAGGAUCAGUACGAUGCAUUAGGGGACACAAAGGCGCAAGGGACUUUUAAGCAACCGGAAUGGAAUGGUCUACAGCAAACAGCAAACUUGGAAGGUGAAUUUAUUUUGCAGAGAAGGGAUGGAAGCAUGGCUGACGCAAAUGGGGAUGACACGGACGACAACUGCUAUGACGAGGAAAAGAAGGGGGAAGACGAAGAAAGAGCAGGGAAACAACCCGGGCAAAACAAAGAAGAAAGUACGAAUGAUGAAGAGGCACAAUCUUUGGAAAGGACUCGAAAACGCGAUGUACGGGAUAAUGAAUACCUAAUGCGUGUAUACGACUCCCCAACGCUUGUGCAUGACCUUAUCCGGUUUCUACGCGGUGGUACUGUGAUGUUGAAGCACGGACGCAGUGGGAGACCACAUUUUCGUUACUUUUGGGUUACAAUCUCACAAAACUCACGGAAAUUGGUUUGGACGGAACCGGAGUCAAAAAUUACAGCAGAACGUUCAUCCAUAGACCUUGACGAUGUGAGCUUCAUUCAGCUCGGGUGCUUCAGCAAAGUCUUCAAACGCCACCCCGUCGCAUCGACUGACCCCAGUUUCUACCGCAGCUUUACUUUGGGGCUUAAGAGCGGUGGCCGCACUGUCGACAUUGUCGCCGGCUCCCUGCCUGACUUUGAGGCGUGGAUUGUUGGCUUGUCCAACUUGGUGCGCGUGGACCCCGUGUGGGGAGGAAAGCUUGACAUCACAAAGGAGGCACACUUUGAGCAGCUCAACUGCUUCGAGGCUAGCCUAUGUGAGAUGAACUACAUCUACCCCUCACAGUACAUUUUGCUCAAGAAGCGCGUAAAACGGAUUGCGAUGAGGACGCUGGGUGUACUGGAACAGUGCGGCAACGAUGCGACAAAGGCAUACAAGAUUCUUGGCGGCAUCCACCCCCCCGCGGUGAACGAGAAGGGGGCGGUGUACCUCACCAAGGGGGAGCUUCGGUUUAUCGGGCUAAAUGACAUGGAUAUUCUUCGCAUCACGAAGGUGUGGAUUUUGUUUCAGCAGAUGAAUCUUGUAUAUGACGAAAACUUUGUCCCGGCAACGACUUUCGGUGUCACCGAGCGUCACUAA